AUGAUCAGCGUUUUUUGGCUAGUGAAUAUUCGUGUCGAUGAGAACGAUUUCACGAAGGCAUACGCGACCGUCCUGCUUGUGCCAUUGAGUGGUUCAACAAUCAGCAAAUUCUGGAGCAUAGUGAAUUCCGUUGCUGGUGUCCCACUUGAUUAUAGCGCUUAUGGGCAGAUAAGUUACUUCCUUGUCAAUCUAUACGGAGCACUUAUAACUACCAGCCAGUUGUAUGUGAUGAUUGGGACUGCAGCCCUUAUGCUUCUUCUGAUUAUGACAGCACUACAACAGAGACGAAUCGUAGAAAUGGACAGAGCAUGGCUCGCUUUUGCAACCAUUCUGAUUACGACACUGACACUGGGGUCGCUGAAUUACUUUAUGGAUCCUGCAUACCGUGGCAUUCCAAAAUUCAUGAUCGCUUUGGUCGUUAUUUGCACUUCUGCGGUUCUGGUCGUCCUCCUUGUUACUGAUUUGCUGGCCAUUUAUUUCUCACCAAGAAAAUGCUCUUCGAAGGACGUCGUACUGGCAGAUGCUUGGUACCGAUUGGUUUUUGCUUCAGCCGCAUCCUCCAUUGCAUUGUUUCCGUGCUGCUAUUCCCUCUGGCAUGUUUCGAUACAUUUUCUCACUCGUGGAACCACAUUCGACGAUGACGUCCGUGCUGAAUGGUUGUGGCGCAUUCUACAAUUCUUCACGGGGCUGAUUAUUCUUCCAACAAUCUUUGCUUUCAGACCUUACACCUAUGCUUGUGCCCUCAUGCUUAAUAUAAGGAAAAUUGAAAAGAAAACGUCGAUAGCACCUACAAAUUUGAUCCAAGCACCACAAUUAACGUAUGCUCCUGUGCCUCCUUUUGCAAAAGUGCGUAAUCCAGAACAUUGA